AUGGCCCCCCUGGCUCACACCCUGGCACUGCUGGCAAUGACCUUGGCCACUGCAGCCAUUGAUGAGGAGCGGAUGGACAUGGCCCCGAACUCCUUCGAUGACCAGUACCUGGGCUGUGGCCCUGCCAUGACCGCGGCGUUGCCGGCCCUCAACCGCUCCGAGUUCCAGAAGAAUCCUGUGUUUGCCGAGGUUUGGCUUAAGGCUAUGGCUGAGUGGAAGGACCGGGGGUCCCGUGUGUCCCCUCUAUCGUCCCCAGCCCAGGCCAUUGCUCUCAGGGCCUACACCAUGGAGGAGAUGCGCUUGUACCAGCAGUUCAACGCAGCCGUGUCUGAGGCUGGAAGUAGCAGCUGGAAGUACCGGAACGAAUUCCACUUCAAAUCGCUGCAUUUCCUGCUGACCCAGGCCCUCCAGAAGCUGAGACGCCCAAACCAGUGUUAUGAUGUGCGCCAGGGGUUCAGGAACGCCCGGUUCAAGGUGAAGAAACACAACAAAGUCCGCUUUGAUCACUUUGCAUCAUCGUCCAUGGAUAUAAAGGUGGCCUGGAAAUUUGGGCAUGGCACUAUAUUCAAGGUGAACACGUGCCACGGCGUGGACAUCCAGGGGUUCACCACCUUUCCAGAGGAGGAGGAGGUGCUGAUCCCACCCUUUGAGACAUUCAAGGUCACCGAUGUGCGCAAGAUAGGAAACACGAUGGUUAUUGAGCUUCAAUCCACGGGGAACGCCAGCAACUACAACUGCGAGUGGGAGCCUCCCAGGAACUCUCCCCACCUCGGGGGGCUUCUCCUGGCCACCGUGGCCAUGGCAGUGGUCACCGGAACCAUCUGA